CCCUUUACGGCUGAGCAGCUCUUUCCUCCGGGGAACCACCCCUGGCUGCUCCUAGCAGAUCCCUUCUGCCCUGAACCCGCGCUGCAGGGAAUAGCGGGGCAAAAGAAACAAACAGAACCAUGGCAACUCCUUCUGCUGCCUUUGAGGCCCUUAUGAAUGGAGUGACAAGCUGGGAGGUCCCUGAAGAUGCCAUCCCAUGUGAACUGCUUCUUAUUGGAGAGGCCUCAUUCCCAGUAAUGGUGAAUGACAUGGGCCAGGUGCUCAUUGCUGCCUCCUCCUAUGGCCGAGGCCGUUUGGUUGUCGUGUCCCAUGAGGACUACUUGGUGGAGACCCAGCUGACUCCCUUUCUCCUCAAUGCAGUGGGGUGGCUUUGUUCUUCCCCUGGGGCUCCCAUUGGUAUCCACCCAUCCCUGGCACCUUUGGCCAAAAUCCUUGAAGGCUCUGGAGUGGAGGCAAAGAUUGAGCCAGAAGUGAAAGACUCCCUGGGGGUCUACUGCAUUGAUGCCUACAAUGAAACCAUGACUGAAAAGCUGGUCAAGUUUAUAAAACGUGGAGGAGGCUUGCUUAUCGGAGGCCAGGCCUGGGAUUGGGCCAACCAGGGUGAGGAUGAAAGAGUGUUGUUCACCUUCCCUGGGAACCUCGUGACCAGUGUCGCUGGCGUGUACUUCACUGACAACAAAGGAGACACAAGUUUCUUUAAAGUCUCCAAGAAAAUGCCCAAGAUCCCAGUCUUAGUUAGUUGCGAAGAUGACCUCUCUGAGGACAGAGAAGAGCUUCUGCACGGGAUUUCAGAGCUGGACAUCAGUAACUCGGAUUGUUUCCCAUCUCAGCUGCUAGUGCACGGAGCUUUAGCCUUCCCUCUGGGGUUAGAUUCCUACCAUGGCUGCGUGAUAGCGGCUGCCCGCUAUGGCCGCGGCCGGGUGGUGGUGACCGGCCAUAAGGUGUUAUUCACCGUUAACAAACUCGGCCCCUUCCUGCUCAAUGCUGUCCGCUGGCUGGAUGGGGGCCGCAGAGGCAAGAUCGUGGUGCAGACAGAGCUGAGAACUCUGAGUAGCCUGCUUGCAGUCGGGGGCAUAGAUGCCAGCAUUGAGCCCAACCUGACCAGUGAUGCGAGUGUCUAUUGCUUUGAACCCGUGAGUGAAGUGGGGGUCAAAGAGCUGCAGGAGUUUGUAGCAGAGGGUGGUGGACUGUUCGUUGGAGCCCAAGCCUGGUGGUGGGCCUUCAAGAACCCAGGAGUAUCCCCUUUGGCUCGAUUCCCAGGAAACCUCCUCCUCAACCCCUUUGGCAUCAGCAUCACCAGCCAAAGCCUCAACCCAGGGCCCUUUCGUACUCCUAAAGCUGGGAUAAGGACUUAUCACUUCCGCUCCACCCUGGCCGAGUUCCAGGUUAUCAUGGGCAGGAAGAGAGGAAAUGUGGAAAAGGGCUGGUUGGCAAAGCUGGGCCCCGACGGAGCAGCUUUCCUUCAGAUUCCCGCGGAAGAGGUCCCUGCCUACAUGUCGGUGCACCGACUCCUGAGGAAGCUGCUCAGUCGAUACCGGCUCCCUGUAGCCACCCGUGAGAACCCCGUUAUCAAUGACUGCUGCAGGGGAGCUAUGCUUUCCCUGGCCACGGGCCUGGCCCACUCUGGAAGUGACCUCUCUCUGCUAGUCCCGGAAGUUGAUGAUGCUUACAGCAGCCCCUACCUGCGCCCUUCUGAGUCUCCCAUCACCGUUGAGGUCAAUUGCACCAAUCCAGGCACCAGGUACUGCUGGAUGAGUACCGGCCUCUACAUACCUGGAAGGCAGAUUAUAGAAGUCUCACUGCCUGAAGCUGCUGCCUCUGCUGACCUGAAGAUACAGAUUGGCUGCCAUACAGAUGACCUGACCAGGGCCAGCAAGCUGUUCCGAGGCCCACUUGUGAUUAACCGUUGCUGCCUGGACAAACCCAUGAAAUCCAUCACCUGCCUCUGGGGUGGCCUUCUCUAUAUCAUCGUUCCUCAGAGCAGCAAACUGGGUUCUGUGCCCAUCACCGUGAAGGGGGCUGUGCAUGCCCCCUACUAUAAACUGGGGGAGACAUCCCAGGAGGAGUGGAAAAGGCGCAUCCAAGAGCAUCCAGGUCCUUGGGGAGAGCUGGCCACAGACAACGUCAUCCUGACAGUACCAACAGCAAACCUCCGUACCCUGGAGAACCCGGAGCCACUGCUCCGCCUCUGGGACGAGGUGAUGCAGGCUGUGGCUCGACUGGGAGGAGAGACCUUCCCAUUGCGUCUGCCGCAGAGAAUUGUUGCCGACGUGCAGAUCUCAGUUGGCUGGAUGCAUGCGGGGUACCCAAUCAUGUGUCAUCUGGAGUCAGUGCAAGAGCUCAUCAAUGAGAAGCUCAUCAGAACCAAGGGGCUGUGGGGCCCUGUCCACGAGCUGGGCCGCAACCAGCAGCGGCAGGAAUGGGAGUUCCCCCCUCACACCACCGAGGCCACCUGCAACCUGUGGUGUGUUUACGUGCAUGAGACGGUCUUGGGCAUUCCUCGAGCCCGUGCCAAUAUUGCCCUGUGGCCCCCAGUUCGGGAAAAGAGAGUCAGAAUCUACCUGAGCAAGGGGCCCAAUUUGAAAAACUGGAAUGCAUGGACUGCAUUGGAAACAUAUUUACAGCUACAGGAGGCCUUUGGUUGGGAGCCAUUUAUCCGUCUCUUCACUGAGUAUAGGAACCAGACCAACUUGCCCACAGACAAUGUUGACAAAAUGAAUCUGUGGGUCAAGAUGUUCUCCCACCAAGUGCAGAAGAACCUGGCUCCGUUCUUUGAGGCCUGGGCCUGGCCUAUCCAGAAGGAAGUGGCUACCAGCCUGGCCUAUCUGCCUGAAUGGAAGGAAAAUAUUAUGAAAUUAUACCUCCUCACACAGAUGCCCCACUGAAAUUGAAGGCAAGAAAUGCAAAAGGAAAUUGGCACAUCUCAGCAAAGAAAACUGAAGGGAUUUGGUUAUAAGAGCAGAAGAUCUCAACACAUUUCUGGAAGAGAGAAAGUGGAUGAAGUAUGAUAAUCAGUGAAAGAGUGAAGGUACAUUUCAGACAGAAUAUAAGCUGACCUGAACAACAUAACCCCAAAGAGACUCAAGACCUGAAAACUUUACCUGCUAAAAAAUUAUGUGUUGUAAAAUGAAGCCCAUCCUUCUCUACCCCUUCCCUGUGCACAGAACUCAGGCAGUCUACUAUCAGUAUCAGUUAAAAAAUUGUUGUCAUUGUUGUUGUUGUUUUUGUAUGAAGGAAUUAAAUAAACUGCCUGAGGAGAGGUCAUAGUUGGUACUCCAGAAUAAAAUUCCUCCUUUUGUGGAAACAAAUGCCCCCCACUUAAGAACAAAUUCUCUACUGACAGUGUAAAAACCCUACUCAAGUGCCCAGUGCCUCUAUGUAUAGAAAAGCUUAUUGGAGCAAAAGACCUGGCCUUGAAACAGCAGAGGAAAGCCUCACCAAUUCCUGUGAAAGUUAAAAGUUACAUGGAUCUUAAAUGUGAAUAAUCACCUAGGAAUUCCCAUAAGUGAGAUGGAAGGAAGAACAUGAAAGAAACAUUCAACACACACAUACACACACCCCAAAACCAAACAGAUAUUAUAAGGGAAUUUCAAAAUAUGACAAACUGUGAGGGAAACAGCUAAUCUGGAAAAAAUAACUCAAGAUUAUGACUAUAUCUUCAGGGAGAUUUGAAGUAUAUUUGUAAGAUGAAAAUAGGAAACUGCAAAGAAAGAGAAGAUUCCAAGAAGAAGAGCCCUUUGAAAGUGAAAUACACUUAUAAAAGUACUCAGUAGACAGGCUGGAAAACAAAGUUGAGGCAAUCUCCCAGAUGUAAAGAAAAAAAGAAAUAAGCAGAAAAUAUAGAAAAAGGAAAGAGACACAGACAAUCAAUACCUAACUGUUAGGAAUUCCCAGGGAAGAGAAAACAUAGAAAAUGUAAGUAAAGAAAUAAAAAGACCUGAAAAACAGAACAAACUUAGCCAGAUUGGAGGGGGCCAAAUCACCCUGUAUCUAGACACAAUCUUUUGAAAUUAUGGAAUAUUAAAUAUAGUGGGAAGAUAUUAAAAGUGCCCAAGAUGAAAAAAAAAUUAGGUCCUUCUGAGUAGCUCAAGAAAAAGGAGGUAAGAAAUACAUAGAAGCAGAUUUUUUUUUUUUUUUAUCAGCAAUACCAAAUGCUCCAAGUCAAUGGAGCAAUGUCUUCACAUAGAUUAUGGAAAAUUUUUCUACCCAGAAUUUCAUAGCAUGGGAAACCAUCAAGAGUAAAAUCAAAAUGAACAUAUUUUCUGACAUGCAAGUCUUCAGAAUUCUACCUCUUUUUCACCCUUCUGAGGAAGUACACUGAGGAAGUUCUACAGUAGAAUGAGGAUGUGAACCAGGAAGGCAAAAGAAAUGGGAUCCAGAGAACAAUGAACCUCACUCAGGAUAUCUCACUCUAGAGUCACAGUUAUCCAAAAGGAUGUCUCACUCUAGAGUGACAGUUAUCCAAAAGGAUGUUUCACUCUGGAGUGACAGUUAUCCAAAAGGAUGUCUCACUCUGGAGUGACAAUUAUCCAUCAGACCCAUUUUAGAUGAAAACAGAUAGUCUUGGGCUUUCUGGGAAGAAUGUGCAUUCUGUGCUAUAGAUAGCAUCAUUAAGAACCAGAAUGUUUGAGAACAUUCUUUAAUCAAGAUAAAACAAAGAGAAAUCAACAAUAUCUCAAGAAAUUUGAUCCAAUUAUGAAGCAGAAUAAAACAAGACAUGAUUUUGAAUUACUCAUGGAGUACAAGAAGAGAUUCAAGUUGACACUGACGGUAGGUGCAUUUUCUUUACAGUGGCACAGGCAACAUGAUGUUGAGUGCAUAGGGAAGAAGAUACCCUAGCUUCUACUUAUCUCUCAGUAUGAAGUAUUUUCAUAGCCAAAAUAGUGUAGCUAUCAUUUCUUGGCAUCUAGUAUUCUGAUCAGCAUUUGACAAAGCAUGAAAGGCUCAUUUUUUUUUAAAAUUCAGAACUGAAGUUGAAAGUAAUUAAUGCUGACAAGAGUUACUAAUUAAUGGUGAAAGGAAUUAAAGCAGAUAGAAAUUGAGAAUUAGUUGGGAGAAGAAAAGUGGAAGGAAGAAUAGUGUUACUUGUAUAUUCAAAGUUGGGAUGAAAACAUCUCCAGUUAAUGGAACAAGAACUAGAGAAUCAGUGCAUUGUUCAAAGCUAUAAAUUAAACCAAUAGUAUUAAAAAAAUCAUUCAUUUAUCAAACAUUUGGAGAAAGAUGGGCAAAGGAAAGUGGAAAUAAUUAAAUCCUUAUCUUUUGUAAUGGGGAAUAAUUAAAGAUUGCCUAAAAUUAAUAAGUCAAGAAAUUAUUGUUCAAACAUAUUAUUUAAAGUUAGGAAGUUAGUUACCAGAUGAUAUAAAGUUAGAUAUUGUUAAAAUAAUUUCCUCUGGGGAAUAGGACUAGAAUUAAAAAGGGUGGGAUGGGAACUGUGUUUUUCAUUUUCAGUCCUUCUGUACUAUUUAAUUUUUUACCUUGU